AUGGCAACCGUGGGGAUGAACCGACUGUUGCGCAGCGUGGCGACGCUGACAGUGUCUGCUCCGCGCGCUAGUCUCGUGCGUACGGCAAGCACGCAGACUGCCGCCAUGCCGGUCAACUUGUCACUGGCCAAGGAGAAGCCGAUGCCACCGCCGCGCGUGAUCCCUGCAGCGCAAGACGUUAACGUGUUGCCGUCCGGCGAUCUGGAGCUGCAGCUGCUGUCGCUGUCCGAAGACUCGCAGGAGCUAGGCACUGUUAUUAUGAAUGGUGAGGUGUUUGGUGCGCCCGAUCGCGUUGACAUCCUGCAGCGUGUGGUGCGCUGGCAGCUUGCGUGCCGUCGUGCUGGCACUAACAAAACCAAGACGCGCUCCGAGGUGAGUGGCUCGACGCGCAAGCCGUGGAAGCAAAAAGGAUCAGGCCGUGCUCGUGUAGGUGACAUUCGUGCGCCACAAUGGCGCGGCGGUUACCGUGUGCACGGUCCUGUGCUGCGCGACUUCUCGUACAAUCUGCCCAAGAAGGUGCGCGCCAUGGGCCUGCGCGUGGCAUUAUCUACCAAGCUACGUGAAGGAAAGCUUGCUGUCGUAGACUCGUUGGAUAUUGAUGUUACCAAGACGAAAGAUAUGAAGAAGUUGUUGGGUGGCCGUGGAUGGGACCACGCCUUGUUUGUUGGUGGUGAAAAAGUAGAUUCGCGUUUUGUGCUGGCUACGCGUAACAUCCCGCACGUGGACACGAUGCCGCAGAACAAGAUCAAUGUCUACUCGAUUCUACAGAAAGACUUGCUGAUUAUCACGAAGGACGCCGUCAAGUACCUUGAGGAUCGUCUUCACGUUGACUAG